CUCUAUAUAAAUAUUGAACCCCAUUCUUGAAUUUACCCAAAAUCACCAAAAAAGAAAAUCUAAAGAAAAAAAAAACAAAGUUUUUUACAUUGAAAUUUCAAGAAUUCAUUCCCAAAGCUUGAAAAACACCAUUCUUGAAUCACACAAAAUCACAAAAGAAUGAGUCUUUACAUUGUAUUUCAAGAAUUCCCAAAGCUUUGAAAUCACCAUUCUUGAAAAAAGUUCCAAAGAAAAAAAUAUAUAAAAAUUGAGUCUUUACAUUGAAUUUCAAGAAUUUCCCAAUAAAAGAUGCCACCUUUUAUUGGAUCUCAUCCUCUUUCAUCUGGUUUUUCAAGAAACUCCAUUGAUUCAUCUUCAAAUAUUGUCACCAUUGAUGUAGGUGGUCAUCUUUUUCAAACAACCAAACAAACCCUAAAGCAAUCAGGUUCAAAAUCAAUACUUUCUGAAAUUUCAAAUCUUGAUGGUUCCAUUCCUUUCAUCGAUAGAGAUCCAGAAAUGUUCUCAAUCUUGCUUUCCCUUUUAAGAACUGGGAAUCUCCCUUCAAAAGCCAAAACUUUUGAUAUUCAAGAUUUGGUUUUUGAAUCUCAGUUUUAUGGUGUUGAGCAUCUGUUAUUGAAUUCCCAUUCUAACCCUUCUCAGUUUGAGCCUUUUGAUCUUGAAAAAUCUUUGAUUUUGCCUUUAAGUGGUAGGGAUUCACCUACUGCUAUCUCAACAACUCAAUUAGGGUCAGUUCAGGUAGCUCAUGGUUGUAAAAUCACUUCAUUUGAUUGGUCAUUAAAGAGAAAAUCAACCAUUUUAACACAAUUUGCUGGUAUUGACUCUAUGUUAUCUGUAUCACCAAAUGUUGUUGCUGCUGGUGCUACUGACUUUUCAGGUUUACAAAUUAUUGAUGUUAGUAAAGGUUUUGUUAAAGAAACUUUGAAUUGGGAAAAUGUUACCAAGUCUGGUUCAACAGUACAAGGCAUAGGUGCUUCAAAAGAGUUUUUGUUUACGAGUUUCGAAUCAUCUAGGAGAAACUCUAACUGCAUUAUGAUAUAUGAUUUGAGUGAUAAUGGUUUUAGGCCUGUUUCUGAGAUAGGUCAUUAUGAAAUCUUUGGUGCUGAAUUAGAUUCCGCGAUUCCAGCUACUAAACUUAGAUGGAUUCCUAGUUAUAACUUGUUGAUGGCUGCUGGUUCACACAGUGGACCUUCUGGUGUUAGAGGGAACAUUAGGUUUUGGGACUUGAGAUCAGGGAACGCGGUGUGGGAGAUCAAGGAAAAUGUUGAUUGCUUCGCUGAUUGCACUGUUUCGGAUGAUCUUUCAGCAAUUCUGAAAGUUGGCGUUCAUUCAGGCGAAGUUUUCAUAUCGGAUUUGAGAAACAUUGGUAAGGAAAAUACUUGGACUUGUCUUGGUGAUUCAAGAAAAGCAACAAAUGGUAAGAAAGAAGGGUUUGGGAGUAAAAUUGAGAGUCAUGGGAAUCAAGUUUUUUGUAGUAAAGGUGGAAAUCUCGAAUUAUGGUCUGAGGUUUUGAUUGGUUCUUCGAUUAAAGAUCGAGUCUUUAGGAAGAACUCAAUGGGGAGAGCAAAAGAUAGUUGUGGAAAUAAGAUAACACAUUUCAGCUUUGGAGGUAACAAGAUGUUUGUUACAAGGAAAGAUCAACAAUUUGUUGAAGUUUGGCAGAGUUCAGUAAGGGGAUUCUAAGAUUCUUCGAAAAUACACUACUACUUUUGAAAGAUACGACACGUGUGAAUUGCUCCUGGUUGUGCAUAAUCAUUUGAUAAUCAGAGUUAUUCUUCGAUAAAUGUUCACAGUGAGUCACACAUGUUUGAAGAGUACAGACAAGUUUGCUCCCCAGAGUCAUUCUUUGAUAAACAAUCGUGGUGAGUCAAGACAUGUUUGAAGAGUACGAGAAGAGUAGUCUGACUGAAGGACCAUCUUAUUAUCAAUCUAUUAACUCUUGCUGCUCAUUAUUAUAAAUUCUGUAUAUACUUUCUUUAGUUGAACUGCACAAAUUGUAUGUAUAUAAAGAGAGUGGAAUAUCAAACUUCAAUUUGCUACUAA